AUGAGCAUCAGGACCCCACCCACACUCCUGCAGCUGGCAGGAGAGAUCCUGCUGAGGGAACAGGCGUUGGCCAUCACAGCUCUGGAGCACCUGCCCGCCGAGCUCUUCCCGCCACUAUUCAUUCAGGCCUACUAUAGUAGAUGCCACCAGUCCCUGAAGGCGAUCACACAAGCCUGGCCCUUCAUUGUCCUCCCUCUGGGCUGCCUGCAACAGCUGUCACUGGACGAGGCCUUAAAAGCCGUGUUGGAUGGGCUUGACGUUCUGCUUGCCCAGGAGGUUCGCCCCAGGAGGUGGAAACUGCGGGUGCUGGAUUUAAGGAACCUGGGUGCCAAGUUCUGGAGAAUGUGGUGUGGAGACAGCACCCUGAAGCGCUCACCGACAGGACCAGUGACUGUGCACAGGUUCAGUCCCAACAUGGAGCACUCCUUAGCUCCCAUGGUGGUGUUCCUAGACCUUAACUUCAAUGACAGGGACAGGGAUGAGUUGUUCAUGUACGUCAUCCAAUGGGCCCAGCAGAGGGAAGGGCUGCUACACCUGUGCUGCAAGACGCUGAGGAUUGCUGAGGUGCCCUUCCAGAGGGUGAGGAAGGUCCUGGAUGCGGUGCAGCUGGACUGCAUCCAGGAGGUGGAAGUGAACUGCACCUGGGACCUGCCCACCCUGGCCACGUUUGCUCUUUACCUGGGUCAGAUGAGGAACCUGCAGAGACUCUCUCUCUCCUUCAUGCACGAGUUGACAGGGGAGGAGGAGGAGGAAGAGGAGCAGGAGCAGGAGGAAGAACAGCAGGACUGGGAGGAGGAAGAGGAGCUGCAGCACCUCCGCGAGCUCGACAUGGAUUCCCCCUCCUUCCUCCGAGGCCGUCUGGACCAGAUGCUCAGGUGCCUGCAGACCCCCUUGGACAAACUCUCCAUAACAAAUUGCCCGCAGCUGACUCAUUCAGACCUGACACACCUGUUCCAGUGCCCGAACCUCAGGCAGCUGAAGUCCCUGCGUCUGUACUGUGCCAGCCUCGCUGAUUUUAGUCCUGAGCCCCUCCGAGCUCUGCUGGCGGCAGUGGCACCCACCCUCCAGGACCUCGGCUUAGAUAACUGUGCCAUCGUGGACUCCCAAGUCGAGGCCAUCCUGCCUGUCCUGAGCCGCUGUCACCAGCUCAGAUUCUUCACCAUCACUGAGAACAACUUCUCCGUGGCCACCGUGGAAAAGCUGCUGCGUCACACAGCCGGGCCGCGCAGUUUAGAGCUGGAGCUGUACCCCGUCCCCCUGGAGUGUUACACGACCCACGGCACUGUCAACCAGGACAGACUUGCCCUGGUCCGGGCUGAGCUGACGGGGAUACUGAGGGAGUUAGGACAGCCCAGGACCAUUCUGCUUGCCACCAAGCAUUGUGGCCACAGGGAGCUUUAUGACGUGGCAUUUUCAUGA